AUGACGACACGCGACCAAGGUAUCACGGGUCUUCCACUCCAGAUGUCGCGAACUCCAGAAGUCGCGGACUCCAGUGGCCAAUGUGUCGCCGGUCCCCCUCCGUAUCUCCCUGACCCUGAUUUCUCCCGCGGUCAGAGUCUAUAUAAAGCAGGAGCAGUCCUACAUCCGUCGUCGACAUGCUGCCCUUCGGAUUCUUCCUCAUUCUCGUCUUCUCUGGAGUCUGCAGAACUGAGGUAUGUCUAUUUCUUACUGCGAUACGGAAGCUUGUAA